AUGGAGACUGCACCACCCCCGCGUGGCCUGCCCCAGCGCUUCGCCGCCCUCAGACACGCCAAGGUGGUGCCGUGGAUGCGGAAGACGGAGUACAUCUCCACCGAGUUCAACCGCUACGGGGUCUCCAACGAGAAGCCAGAAGUCAAGAUCGGGGUGUCCGUGAAGCAGCAGUUCACGGAGGAGGAGAUCUACAAAGACCGUGACAGCCAGAUCGCCGCCAUCGAGAAGACCUUUGAGGAUGCUCAGAAGCAGCUUUGGGAUCGCCACAUCCCGGACCCUCGAUGGCUGCGACGGGGAGAGGAACAGGGGGAAACCCUGCCCGGACCCCGUCAUUCUCUGUGGAUCAACCCCUGCGCCCAGGUCAUCUUCGACUCGGACCCAGCCCCGAAGGACACCAGCGGCGCUGCCGCCUUGGAGAUGAUGUCCCAGGCCAUGAUCAGGGGCAUGAUGGACGAGGAAGGGAACCAGUUUGUCGCCUACUUCCUGCCGGUGGAAGAGACUCUGCGGAAGCGCAAGAGGGACCAGGACGAGGAGAUGGACUACGCGCCCGAGGACAUGGUGCGGCUGAGCAAGCGGCGGGCCAAGGCGGGCGUGCAGUCGGGCACCAACGCGGUGCUGGUGGUGAAGCACCGGGACAUGAACGAGAAGGAGCUGGAAGCCCAGGAGGCGCGCCGGGCCCAGCUGGAGAACCACGAGCCCGAGGAAGAGGAGGAGGAAGACCUGGAGCUGGAGAAGGAGGCACAAGGCUCAGACGAGGAGCGGGAGAAGGGCAGCGAGAGCGAGCGGGAGGCAGAGGCCGGAGGCAGCGAGGAUGAGGCGGGGGCCGGGGGCAGCGAGGAGGACGAGCGGGCGGCCCGGGACCAGGAGGAGAUCUUCGGCAGCGACGACGACGACUCGGGCGCGGGGGAGGACGAUGACGAGGACGACGAGGAGGAGGAUGGGGAGGGCAGCGAGGCCGAGGCCGCCCGCAGCGCCAGCCCCAGCGACCGCUCGGGCCCUGAGGAUGAGGAUGAUGAGGGCAGCGGCAGCGAUGGCGCCUCUGGCUCCAGUGACGAGGCCAGUGCUGACUCCAGCGAUUGACCUUCCCCAGCCCAGACCCUCUCCCCUCCCAGCCCUUGCCCUGUCCUGGGCCCUCGGGCCAGUGCUACCCCCCACCCAGUCCUGGGGUUGGGAGCUGGGCACGAUCUGCCCAGUAUUGCUCAGCUGUGGGGGGCUGCUUUUCAUACUGGUGUGCCCCCCCUCCCUUCUGUACAUAGCUUGGAUCAGAGCCCCCCGUGGAAUAAAAGGGGCUUUCUUAACGUGCCAUGUCUGGUGCAUGGGGGGGCCCGGUUGUGUCUCAGCUGUGGCUGAGGCUGCUUCACCCCAGGGAGCUGGUGGCUGUGACCGUGUGUGCAAGGUGGAAUUCACCCUGCUCCAGUGCUCACGAGGGCCUUGUGCAAUUGUGGGGACGGGACUCAAGGAUGCUUUGUGCCGGAGCUUAGCUUGCCCCAGCUGCCUCUUCUCCUUGGGCUCCUCAGCUGCAGCGUGCAAGAGCCCGCUGGGGUCCAGCCUGUCCUUCGAGUGCCUGCUCAGCAUCAACUGCAUCCUCCACCCCCAUGGGACCUGUGCCCAAACCCCCUGCUCCAGGCCUGGGGGGGGCAUGGCAGGACUUGAGCUGGGGGCACAAGGCCUAAUGGGGGGGGCACAGCCUAACAUGGCUCAGUAGGGGCCAGUAUAAACCAACAUAAGCUGUGUGGCCUAGGAGGGGGCCCUAUAGGGCAAUAUGGUACAUUGUGGGCCCCCUGGAGAGCUGGAGGAGCUCAGACUAUGGACCAGUAUGGGCUGUAUGGCUGGGGGGGGGG